AUGGGAGAGGUGGCGAGAGGCGACUUUAGCCACGAUGACUGGAAGCCGGAGAAAGAACGUCUGAGCUCCAAUGAGCUGGUGCAGGGUUCCGUCCGGCGCUGCUGCGUCACCGUGGUGGGCGUCGGGUUCCUGUGGCUCUGGUUCACUCUGAAAGUCCCCAGGGAAAUCGAAGACGACCAGAACAGGAUGGCUAUCGAAGAGGACCAGGCGUUGCCUCUGCCAAGGCCGCAGGAGGGCAGUUAUACGAGAAGGAAGGAUCUGGAGUCGCUAGAAGACUGGCAGAAUCUCACCUUCAAAUAUUGGGAAAAGAUCCAGCAGAGAAAGAAGACGUGGCUGACGGUCGGCAUCUCCUCCAGGCCCCGGCCAGACCGCAGCGGCCUCCCGUCCACGCUGCUCUCCGUGCUCUGCGCCACCUCGGAGGUGCAGCGGAAGCGCCUCACGGUGCCGGUCCACCGCGGCGCUGACCUGGCCUGGCUCAGGGAGACCGUCCUCCACAUUUCCAGCCUCUUCGGCCCACAGAUCGUGGCGGGGCAGCCGCUGCUGAAUCACGCCCCGCCGGAGGCCUAUCCCCCCGAGGGCGGCGUCAGAGUGGGGGCCUCUCGCCAGGAGCCCUGCUCCCGGCGGACCAUGGACCACGCCUUCCUCAUGAGCUUGGCCACGAAGCUCUCGGAGUACCUCUGCCGCUGGAGGACGACGCCUUGUGCGCCCCCCAACCUCAUCAGCCACGUUCAGCGGAAAGUGGACACCCUGGGGUCCCAGCCCUGGGCGCUCCUGGAGUUCUCCAACCUGGGCUUCCUGGGCAAGCUCUUCCGCAGCGGGGACCUCCCGGUGCUGGCCCACUUCCUCCUCCUCUUCUACAGGGAGAAGCCCCUCGCCAGGCUCCUCCCUCACUUCCGCACCCUCCUGGCCCAAAAGGACCCGAUCCUCUGCCAACCGUUCCUGUUCUACCACCGGGUCUCAUACCAUGCGCCGAACGACAGCCAGAAGGCCUCAGGCACGCAGAAAAAGAGCCCCUACGCCCCUGACAACCCACCAGGAGCCGUUUUCACCGACAUGAAGGUUUUUGAGGUCCAUUUCCCCUGGGAGGCCUACACUCUGGACGAGUCCUUCUUUUGGACCCACAAUGGUAGCGCAGGGAACCACCUGACGGUCAUCCUGAACCACCCAGCAGACCCGAGGAGGGUGCAGGUACUGACGGGCACCAUCGUGGAUGGCAAGCACGCCCUGGAGAAGGGGCAGGUGGAGCUGGGCUACGAGCCCUAGGGGACACCGCAGUGCUGCACCAGCCUCGCCUUGCUAGGCCAGCUCCUGGAAGGGCAGCUGGACCAGGAGGUAGCUCCAAAGAGCGCAGGGCACGAGGUGAGCUGCAUGAGGCUGGUGGUGAAUGCUACCCAGGUGGGUGGGCUCAUCAUCAGGCACAUCUACCUCUGGGAGGAACAUGCCAGGGACAUGGGGGCAGCUCAGGAGGAAGAUCACUCAAUAAGACGGUGA